UUUCCUCCUUCACACAUGAUGGGAAGGUCAAUGUGGAGGUUUUAAACUCUUGUUGUAAGAUUUAGGAGCUUAAUAUUAAUUCUCUGUUAAGUUUAUCGUUCGUGUUGAUAAAACAGCGAUGUUACAGAGUUUGUGUAAAUUUCACCAGCAGUUUGUUGGAGCUCUUCUGCCUUUUGCUGCUCGUCAGUUUACACUAGAAGCUUUACGUUCAUCAGCACACGUGCAAAGAGCCCAUUAUGGAAGUGCCACAGCAGAGCGUAAGAAAUUCUACCAGGAUGUCAGAAUCUCUCAGGGUGAAGGUGGUCAGUUUGAGAUCAACCUGGACAGGAGAAAGCUAAAAACUCCAGGUGGAAAACUUUUCACUGUACCCAAUGAAGCCCUGGCCAUCGCUGUUGCUACUGAAUGGGAUGUUCAGAAGGACACCCUGAAGUUCUACAGCAUGCAUCUUACCACUCUGUGUAAUACAGCUCUUGAUAAUCCAACGCAGCGCGACAAGGACCAAAUGAUUUCUGCUGUGCUGAAAUUUUUGGAGACUGACACCAUUUGUUACAGAGUGGAUGAUCCUCCAGGUCUUGUUGAAUUACAGAAGAAUGAAUGGGACCCUGUAAUGGACUGGAUUGAAAAAAGGUACAAUGUUGUUAUCGGAUCGUCCUCUAAUAUAAUGGGCCCACAAAUUCCAGAGAAGACCAAGGAAACAUUUCGUCAGCACCUUAAAUCUUAUAAUUUGUGGUCUCUGAUAGGGCUUGAGUAUGUGAUCUCACAGCUGAAGUCAUUGAUUCUGUCCUUUGGGCUGAUUGACAGACAUUUAACUGUGGAACAAGCAGUUCUGCUGUCUCGACUAGAGGAGGAAUUUCAGAUCCAGCAUUGGGGAAACGUUGAAUGGGCGCAUGACUACGAUAUGUAUGAUCUGCGGUCUCGUACAGCAGCAGGAGCCUUGUUUGUGCAUCUAUCAUCUGAAAGUUUCUCAGUGAAGAAAAAACUGCUUCAGGACUGAUCUGACCUGUGCAGAUGAGGCAUAAUCAAUUUUUUCUCGGAUUGUAGAUUAAACUAUUCCAUGGCAUACAAUUAUCAUGGAAACAACAUUUUGUGUAAUAUGUCUGUGACCUACAUGCUACAUUUUGGAUGUUAAAACAAAAAGCUUUCUCUUCAGUGUGUUUUUGUGAAUAACUUAAUGUGAAUGAAAUGUUAACAUUAUUAUUAUGUUAUUUUCUAUGUAGUCUAGCAUUACCAUAUCAGAGCUUCAGGAUCCCUAGUGUAAUUUUUUUGGUUACUGUUUGUACUGUUGACUCUACAUGUCACUGAGUUUUCUUGGAGAUCUCGAGGUCUCUCUCACCUCCUAUCGUAAGAGCAUAUCAGAAAAAUUUAACCCAGGUGUCUGUAUGUGUGUAUGCAUGGAUCCCUGUAAUGCCCAAUAUUCCCCUCGUGUGUACAUUUCUGUACAUUCUCCAGAUCCACCUUGAACCUGACCAUGCUAAAUACUUAAGAAUGAACGAACGAUGUUACAUCUACAUAUUCUGUAUGUUCUAAUAAAAUUUCUUUGAAACAUGAAAUAUACAGUGUUUAGUGAAUUGA